UAAAGCAGAGUUUAUUCGAGCUUAGAUUUCACACGUGUCCAAAAUUAUCAAAACAAAACAUAUAUCAAAUCAAUCAUACAUAAACCCUAAUUCCCCACCCCACACAGCAGCCAAACAUCAACUGAAACAAACACAACAAUGUCGACCCACCACAUUUAUGCUAACAGCACAACAUACCAAUCUUCAUCAUCAUUCACCAAUACCAAACUCACCCAUUUCAACAACAACAAUCAUUUCUCCCCAAUUCUUCACUACCCUCGAUCACUGCUCCCACCAACCGCAUCCCUUAAAGUAGAUGUUGGAGCACCAAACACAAUUGUAGAAGACAGUGUGAAGAAGACUAAAGAGGUGAUUGAUGAAGAAGCCAAGUACAUAGUGGGUACUUAUGCAAGAGCACCAAUUGUGCUUGAGAAAGGGAAAGGUUGUAAAGUGUAUGAUGUUCAAGGGAAUGAGUAUUUGGAUUGUAGUGGUGGGAUUGCUGUUAAUGCACUUGGUCAUGGUGACGAUGAUUGGUUGAAAGCUGUUGUUGAUCAAGCUGGGUUACUUACUCAUGUUAGCAAUAUUUAUCACUCUCUUCCUCAGGUAGAACUUGCAAAGCGUUUAGUAGCUUCUUCUUUUGCCAAUCGUGUAUUUUUUGCAAAUUCUGGAACCGAAGCAAAUGAAGCAGCUAUUAAAUUUUCCAGAAAAUAUCAGAAACACACAUGUACUGACGGGAAAGUUCCAGCUACUGAGUUUUUAGCUUUUAGCAAUUGCUUCCAUGGGAGAACCCUGGGUGCACUUGCUUUGACAAGUAAAGUGCAGUACAGAACACCUUUUGAACCUGUUAUGCCUGGAGUCACCUUUGUAGAGUAUGGAAAUGCACCGGCCGCUGUAGAGUUAAUUCAGCAAGGCAAGAUUGCUGCAGUUUUUGUAGAACCUAUCCAAGGUGAAGGAGGAAUAUACAGUGCUACUAAAGAAUUUCUACAGUCUCUGCGAAAUGCUUGUGAUGAAACUGGGGCACUUCUUGUGUUUGAUGAGGUUCAAUGUGGUUUAGGUAGGUCAGGAUUUCUUUGGGCUCAUGAGGCUUUUGGAGUCUUCCCCGAUAUAAUGACACUUGCCAAACCUCUUGCUGGAGGCCUACCUAUUGGAGCUGUCCUCGUAACUGAGAAAGUCGCUUCUGCUAUAAAUUAUGGCGACCACGGAAGUACUUUUGCAGGUGGUCCUCUUAUUUGUAAUGCUGCUCUUGCAGUUUUGAAUAAAAUAUCCAAACCUACUUUCCUUUCUGAUGUAUCAAAGAAAGGUUUAUACUUCAAAGAACUACUAAAACAGAAAUUGGGCGGAAAUCGACACGUGAAAGAGAUUCGCGGUGUGGGGCUAAUUAUAGGAAUUGAUUUAGACGUGUCCGCAACACCUUUGGUAGACGCUUGCCGAGAUUCUGGCCUUUUAGUAUUGACAGCUGGAAAAGGUAAUGUUGUUAGGCUUGUUCCACCAUUGAUUAUAACAGAACAGGAGAUUGAACAUGCAGCUGAUAUUCUAAGCCAAACUUUGCAUGUUUUGGAUGCCAAUAAUUAAAAGUAGGAGAAAGAGGCUUUCUUUCAUGCUGGAAGUUGUCAUGAAAUAAUCAUGGACUUUCUUGCAUGAAGAUGUUGUGUUUGUUUUAAGAAUAUUGUUGCAAGGCUAUGUAAUAUUUAUUGUAUAAUAAAUAAGUGGCAGAUCAGAUGAUUUCUGUAGUUGCUUUCAUUUUAUGUCAGAAAUGCAUGUGGCUAUUUUGCCAUCUGAAGUGUAAUAAUAACUGGGAGCUUUCUUAUUUUUCA